AUGAGGUACUGGGGAGAGAACAAAAAGGCCAAUAUAAAAAGUAGUAGUACGACUCUCUCCCAAUUUUUAGACGAGGAACUAGAAGAAGCGGAUCGUUUGAUUGGGCCGAGCAAUAUGAACGACCGUGGUCCCUUGGGUCCAGAGUAUUAUUGUCGUACGCCUACCCGUCGAGUGCUGAAAUCUCAACAACAACAACAAAGACAAGAACAAGAACAAGAAUCCACAUUAUGUCGAGAAGCCGUAUUAAUGACAGAAUUGCAGGAAGCUAAAGAUAUUAUUCAUAAUCUUAUUUCGGAUCGCGACGCUAUUAUUACUCAGUUUCGAGAGGUCCAACACGGACUCUUGCAGCAAAACAGUGCAAUAAAUUCAACAGGGAGUGAACUCCAAGUACUUAGACAGAAACUGGAGGAUCGUGAGACUACUAUUAGUAUUUUGGAACGACGUCUCAAAGAGGCGGAUUCAGAACGACAAUCAUUACAAGAGAUAAAGUAUAAAUAUGAACAAGGACAGAUGAAUGAACGUCAAUUACAUGACCGUAUAAUGAAACUAGAAUGCGAUGUAGAAACAGAGCGAAUCAAGAAGGAGAUAAUAAUGUCACAAUUGGAAGAGUCUAAACAGCGUAUUCUUGAAGAAGGUACUCGUUGGCGUGAAAGGUGCCAAAACGCAGAAGAUCGUAUUCGUGUCUUGGUAGAGUUACAGCAGCAACAACAACAACAACAACAACAAUCACUUAUGUUGCUAACUUCUUCUAGAUGUGGUGGUGAUAAGGAACAGCGUGAUGAAUCUACUAUUUCUUUGGAUCGUAAUGAGUAUACGUCUCUCGUAAAGAAAAACUCGGAACUUGAAAUGCGGUUGCAACUUCAGUGUGAUAAUGGAUCUCAAGAUGGACAACUCGCAUGGAAAACUAUUCAAGAAGAAUUAAAACAAACAAGGAUCAUUUAUCAUAAAGUUAAUACCGAAAAGCAAAAAUUACAAAUUCACUUGGAAAAGAUGCAAAGUGAUCUACUGGAACAACAAGAGAAACGAACUUUAGCUGAGAUUGAAUUGCGAACUGCAAGGGAAAAGAUUGAAGAAUUAGAAGAUCUUCUUGAAAGACUUGCCAAACAGUCAGAUAAACUGCGUGAAGAAAAUGAACAACUUCGUGAAUCUACCAGGAGUCACGUUCACCCUGAGAAUAUGGUGUCACAGACUCAUAUAGAAGGGGGAGAAGUAAUGGAAGCACAAUUAAAUGCACUUGGCAAUAACUUGGAAACGGAAAAAACUCCUCUACAGAAGGAGGAUAGAAGUGGGAAUAAGAAUAAGGAGGAAUGUAGACAAGAUAGUUUGCAAGCUAGUGAAACGAUUAUACUUCUUGAGCGUGCUUUACAUGAAUCUUUGAUGCAGCGAGAGCGGUACGAAGCGGUAGUGGAAAUUGACAUGGAGCGCCUUCAGCGUCAGUUAGAAGCAGCAGAGAAUGCUCUGAAGAAAGAGAUUCGUUCUCGGGAGCGUGUACAAGAACAGUAUAUGGAAGAAUGUGAGAAAGUUUUACUUCUUACUACAGAGUUGCGCAGUUUGGCUAGUGAAUUGGUUAGAUUGGAGAAAAAAGUACAGGAAGUGACGCUUUCUAGGGGACCGACAUCAUGA